AUGGGUAUCAGUUGUCCCUAUCGUUGUUCAUCACAAAGUACUUACCUUUCUCAAUGGUCGCAUCGCACAGAAAUUCUUUUAUACCUAAGGUCGUGUGCCGGCACAGCCCGCCAAGUGCGCGCGGUGAUUUCGCGAGGGCCCGGUAAUCGGAGGUCGGCUUCUACCCUAAUGUUCCAUUUGGCAUCCUCGCUCUACACCCAGUACACGAAGCGGGAGCAGUACAAUGUGUUGAUCUUGGGAUUGGAUAAUGCGGGCAAAACCACAUUUCUUGAGCAUCUAAAGCUCCUUUAUCCACCCCCAGGUGAACCCCCACGAAAAUCUCGGAAAUCAACCGAGGCUAAUUCCGACCAAUCUACCAUUCAAGCUCUUAAAGCUAAGCGUAUUCUUCCAACCGUGGGCCAAAAUACAAUCACCGUCAAAUUCGAGGCAUCCAAGGAGUCUCAAUUAUCAACACAAUACAACAAUAUCAAUUUGAAAUUUUGGGACUUGGGAGGUCAACGAUCACUUCGAAGUAUGUGGUCACGUUACUUCACUUCGUGCCAUGGCAUCAUCUUCAUUAUAGACUCUACAGACACUGAAAGAUUUCAAGAAUGUUACGAUACCCUCAUGGAAAUUACCCAUGAUCUGUCAUGGACAAACCAAGAGAAUAAUGCGGCAGAAAUGGUCAAUGUUCCCAUAUUAAUGCUUGCCAACAAACAAGAUCUUCCAGAAGCUGUUGAUUUGGUGGCGUUGAAAACUGGGGUUUUUAUUCGGUUGGUCAGCGAGUUGGAGGCUACCGAUUCCAAAUUGUUACCAGUUUCUGUUCUCGAGAACCAAGGUCUUGUGGAGAGCCUUGAGUGGCUCGUGACACGACUAGUAUAUAACAAGCCGAACAAGCAGCCGCAGUAUAAAUGA